GUCUCCAGCAUGGCCUUCCACGCCAUCUCAACGCCAACGCAACAUGUGCAGUUGCACGUGGAUGCCAAGCCAGCGCCGCCCAAGUUUGCGCUCGUCCCGCACAUCGUCGCGGGGUUGCUCAUGCUCUACUCCAUCUUUGCCAUCACGGUGAUCUACACGCCGAUGACGGCGCCCAUCACGACGUCGUUCAUCAACCCGCUCUGGGACAUCAACCCCAAGGUCAAAAACUCUGGCCACUCGGAGAUGGUCAACUACACGUACCUCUUCUUCGCCGUGAUUUUGCCGCUCUUUGUCACCUACUUGAUCGUCCGUUUGGCCACUCGAGGCGCGACGUUCCCGGUGCCGGCGCUCUCGCACAUGCUCCAGCGCAAGCCGCGCCUCUUGUGGUCGCUCGUGAGCUACGGCGAGGUCCUCUUCUUGCUUCUCGUCGUCGUCGGCAACGUCGUCUUCUUCUACUACUUUUACAGCCCGCGCAUCAAGCCCACGACCAAGACGCAGGCCAAGAUCGAAACCGCGGCCAAGACGCUCGGCUUCUCGACCGUGUACAACAUGGUGUUCCUCGCGCUGCCCGCGUCGCGCCACUGCUUUUGGAUGGAGUGGCUCGGCAUUCCGUACGCCCACGGUGUCAAGUACCACCGCUGGCUCGGUAUCGUCACCAUCCUCUGCGCGGCCGUGCACACGGCGUUCUACGUCCAAGUGUUUAUCGCUGACAACGAGUCGCUCAUGCUGCUGCCGUGCUUCAACUGCAACGUGGCCAAGGAAGGCAAGAUGAACUGGAUCAACACAUUUGGCUGGAUCGCGUUCCUGAGCAUGUUUGUCAUGGGCCUCACGUCGAUCCCGUACGUGCGCCGCCACUACUACAAGGUGUUUUACUACACGCACUUUCUCUUCAUUCCCGCCACGGCCUUUGCGAUCAUGCACUACGCCAACAUUGCCAUCUGGCUCUUCGCCACCAUCGUGCUCUACAUUGGCAACCGCAUGCUCUCGUCUGCGACCAUCCAAGCGCCGGUCGUCAUCCAGAAGGCCGCCGCGCACCCGCACGAAGUGACCGAGUUGACCUUCGAGUGUGCUACGUCGUACCAAGCCGGCGACGUUGUCUACCUCAAGGUGCCGUCGGUCUCCAAGACGCAGUGGCACCCGUUCAGCGUUGCGUCGACGCCGCUGCACACGCCUGGCUCGCUCACGGUGUACAUCAAGACGCUCGGUCAGUGGUCCGGCCAAGUGCACGAAUACAUUCGUCAGUGCACGGCUUCCGGUGUCGACCCCGUCGUGUACAUGGACGGCGGCUACGUCUCGCCCGCACUCGUUCCAGCGUCGUAUGAAAAAGUGGUCUUCAUCGGCGGCGGCAUCGGCGUCACCCCGCUCAUGGCCCAGAUCAUGCACAUCCUGCACACGGCGCCGUCGCAGGAAGUCCAUUUGGUCUGGCACGUGCGCGACCUCCGCAUGAUGACGCAGUUCCAGCAGUGGUUCCACGAAGCGACGGGUCUCUCGUCCAACUUGCGCCUCCACCUCUUUGUGACCAAGUCUUCGCCGCCCGCGGAAACGGCGGUCGCCAAGCAAGUGUACGACCUCAAGAGCUCCAAUGUGGCGCCGCGACCGUACGCCAACGUCUCGACGUUGCGCCAAGUGCUCUUGUUUGUCGCUGCGUUCUUUGGCGCCGGCACGCUCCUCCUCGCGGUUCACUAUGGCAACAAGAUUACGAGCAUCGACCCGUCGUACUGGCCGCUGCAGCGCUUCGUCGAGUUUGUGGCGAUGGUGGUCGGGUCGUACUGGGCGUACAUUGUGGUUUUGAUCAAGCCGUACAAGUCCAUGCCGGUGGCCAAGACGCCGUUUGACGACGUGCCCAAGGAGCCGAUGAUGUCGGACGAGGCGUUCAUCGAGCGCUACAGCGUCCAGCAGGGCCGCAUGGACUGGUCGCGCUUCUUCUCGAGCCUCGUCGACGGCACGACCACGAGCUGGACGACGCCAGCGAUCGGUGUCUACGUCUCGGGCCCCAAGACGCUCUCGCGUGCGAUCGAUGCGCAAGCGCACUCGACGCGCUUUGCCGUGCAUCACGAAGAGUUUGAAAUGUAAACGAGCUCGAGUCGUAUGAACACCCAGUAACUGGACCGUAAUUAAUCGUUUAUGUAUCAAA